AUGGCCAGAACAAAGCAAACUGCUCGCAAAUCCACCAGAGGAAAAGCUCCAAGGAAGCAACUGGCGACUAAGGCGGCCAGGAAAUCUGCUCCGGCGACCGGAGGAGUGAAGAAGCCUCACAUUCAGGCCGGGAACAGUCGCGCUGAGGGAAAUCCAGAGAUUGCUCAGGAUUUUGAGACGGAUCUGAGGUUUCAGAGCAGUGUUGUGGUUGCGCUUCAAGAGGCGUCGAAGGCUUAUUUGGUCGGAUUGUUUGAGGAUACCAAUUUGUGUGUGAUUCAUGCAAAGAGAGUGACAAUCAUGCCGAAAGAUAUGCAGUUGGCUAGGAGGAUCAGAGGCGAGCGAGCCUAG